CUCCACCGACACGUCUUCAGUGAUGGACCCGUGCUGAUUCUGCAGCCUGGCAAAACAUGCCACGACGUGUGCUGUCACGUCCGGUGAUUCGUAACGAGCCUAAAAAUCGACGAGUGAACAGGAGUUCAGGAUAAUGUCACCGUGACGCAUCGGUUUCCCUGAAAAAACCAUCGUGAUCUUCGUCGUCGUCGGAAUAAACAUUUUGGUGGUGUGCUAGCCGAAAUCUCGUGGGAACAUGAGGCAGGAGUCGUGACAGUUCGACAAUAAUUUUCUGAAGGAGAUUCUGCUGAACAGGGAAAACUGAACAUCGAAGAAAAUGGGGACGCGGUUUGCAGCCUAUUCGUUGAAGCUGACCAGUCUCCACGAUCAUUAUCAACGACUGCUAUGCGGCAGUCAACCCGUGCCUUCCGGCCUCGAUAUAGCGAACACGUUGAAGUUCUUCUCGCAGACCUUGUUGUCAUUGCUGAAGGAAGUCCGCGAGUCUCCUUUGGAGAUGAUCAAGUCGCAGAAGCUCGACGCAGAACGCAUGGCACUCUACCCUAACUUGGACUACAAGCAGCUGUUCAACGCUCUCACUCAGCUGAUGGACGUGGUUCCGCACAUUCACAUCAAUUUGCUCGCGUUCGGCCAAGCAUUGCUCCAGUGUCUGGCGUGCCUGCUGCCCUUCCUCGAUCACGAUCUGAUCGAUAACGUGCCGUACUUGACGGCCAGCUCGAUCUCGGUGCUUCCGGUGGAGCUUCACCAGGAUAUCGUCAAUUAUCUCUGCUUUUAUAUCCUGCCAUUCACAAUCGCGAGGAAAACGGAGGAUGGCAUGGAGAACGCGGCAAGUCAGUCGAUUGCCGCCGUGAUCAUGAUGAUCUUCCAAUACUCCAGCAAUCCAGCUCAACAUCGGCAAUUGCUGGAAUGUCUAAUGGCAGUGAAACCAGGCGUGGUUAAAGACAUCCUCUGCGUGGUGGCCUACGGAACAGCGCCAGCCAGAGCCUCCGCUGCGAAAUUGUUAUUCUACUACUGGCCAUCGUUCAAUCCUGAUCUAUUCGAUCGAAGGGUGGUCCUUAUGAAAACUUCAUACGACCUGACACCUUUCGUCUGCCAGAGGGACUCCUGUCCUAACCCUGGCAACGCAGCGGCUGGUAAAGUCUGCUACGAUCAUCGAAUAUCGAUCACGUUCGCCACGGAGAAACCACCGCCCCUGUACCUUUGCAUCGAAUGCGCCAAUGAAAUUAACAGGGAGCAUCCGAAUCAGAUGUUUUAUGACAUGUUGCACCCCAUGCAACAGGUGUCCAUGGUUUGCGAGAUCAAGAACUGCAAGUCGAACAACAAGACGGCGAUCAGCAUCUGUUUCUCGACAGAGUGCGCCAGCUCGAAUUGGAAUCGACCGAUCCGGCACUGUCAACACUGUCACGAGCACCGUCACAACAACGGCUGCGGCAGCGACCACGUCUAUCACAUGGCGUUGCCGCACGUGUCCAAGCUGGACUCCCAAACACAGACCUACCUGGUCCAAGCGAUCGUCAGCCUGCUUAAGGAAGCUGAACCGCUAAGUAUGGAUAAUAACCGAGACAACUCGGAAAUAAGUACUAAUAAGGGCAGCACAGGAUUCCCAGGAAGCACCGGCAGCGGUUCCGGGAGCGGCGGGGUUCAGAACGACCCGUCCAGCUUGGAGGAGCGGCAGCUGCUCGGCAGAUUCGGCGUCUGGCUGCUGGUGGGGCUUUGCACCCCGAACCAGGACACCUCCGUCGAAAUUCUCGGGCGUUUAUUGUCAAUGCUAUUUCAUUGGUUUCAUGUUACUGCCUACUCAUUCGAUGGACAAGCUGAAAGCGCGCUGGAGAAGUUGAAGACCGAGUGCGUCUGCGGUUGGCUGUCAAAAGUGAUGAAGUCCCAUUACGAAGUCUUCAUUUCGUGCCUCCUACCGCAUCCUGAGGACUAUGUUCGUGUCGGCGGACACUGGGAUACGGUCGCCUCGAGGACGUCGCACCUUAAAGACGGACUGAACCGUCUUUUUUGUCUGGUACCUUACGAAGUGAUCACACCGGAUGUCUGGGACUACGUGAUGCCGCACUGGAUGGAGGCCAUGGUGAACGACGUACCUGAGCACGAGCUUCACGAAUUGAAAAUGAUCCUGUGCAAAAUCCUGGACCGCGAUAUGAGCCCGUUAGGCUUCGACACGAAGAAGAUGUACAAUUUCGUGGCGAAACGGUUCGUCAACACCUGCGCGAAGGUGCAAGAGCAAGCGCUGAACUGGUUGCAGACGUUGACCAUGCUGGAGAUCAGCAUUCCUCUCUGCCAACUCUUCUCGAUGUUCAGUGAUGGUGUAGCGGUUAUGGGUGCCAUGAAUUCCUCCGAGUCUGGUCAAAAGCCUACCAAGGGAUCGAAGAAGGAGGACGAAGAGGGGAACGCCAUAUUUGUAGAGAACGAUUCGGGAAAAUCGACGCCAUUGUCUGACGACAAUCAACCGACAGCAAGACACAUGGAAUUCACUACCAACGCGGAACUGAACCUGUCCUGUUGCAUACUCAUGCUGGACAUUCUGCUGAAACAGAUGGAGCUGCAGAACAUCGACAAGCACACGGGGAUCAACACGUGGGUGUGCAGGGACGCGUGUCAUCUGAUGAAGUCGAUCGUCGCCUCGAACUGGAACAGCUGUCACGUGUGCAGCUCGGACAGCGACGGUGUCGAGUGCACUUACUGCGAAUCCAGAGUGAUCUGGCAUCAGCUCUGCCUGCAGUUGGUCACCUACAUGGCACCGGAAAAUCCAGCUUACCCGCCUGACAAAAUCGUGGACGAGAACGCGGAGGAUCACGGUCGCAAGAGCCCGGAGGGUUCGAGGAAAGGGGACUCGAAAGCAGACGUGGUGAUCAGCAUGCCGGUGCCGGAGAUGCAUUCCGUCGGCGGUGUCCUGGCGCACAUGCCUCAGUUCUUCGAACAGAUCAUGACAGCCACUGUAGAGACCGUUUCGGAGCAGCUGGACUUAGCGGCCAUCAUGCCACCGGAAAAAGUGAUAUCCGCCGUUGCCAGGGCUGUCACCCUAUCGGAGACCGACGUAGCUACGGCAACGGUGAGCGUGGCGAAGCCUCGAUUAAUCGGAGCGAAUGAUCAGCCAUUGAAUCUCAGUCCGGAGAACGACGACGCCGAUUUUUGGCACACGUCUGUUGGCAAGUUUCGUUUCAAGAUCGAGGACCUUCCGGAGCAGUUGCAGUACAUUCACAAACUCUUGAAGGAAAUAAUGACGAUCGAGAAGCCGGACAUCCUUUACUAUAUGCUGCAGUGCUUGAACGUGAUGUGUUUGUACGGUGACGCCUUCAACAUCGCAGUCAAGGACCACCGAGGAUUCUUCACCUGGUGCCAAGAGAAUCUCUUGAUCAAAAAUCUAUGGGAGCUGCUGAACGCAGAGUACUCGCACAUAGCGCAGAUCACGGUGCCGUUGUUGCUCCACUGCGUCACUCUGCCUUGUGGAACCGACACAUUUUGGAGACUGAUCCAGGAGGAGUUCCAUAAUUCUGAUUGGCGAGUUCGCUUCGUGGCAGUCGAGAGGGUGACGUUGAUCGCUAGAUUCAUGGACUCGACACCUCUGAGGAACGUUACCAGUCUUCAGGCUGCGCUGGCAAACGCUUUCUGCUAUCUGAUAGCUAGCAUGGACGAUGGCAACGUUUAUGUCGCUCAGAGAGCUACCUUGUUCCUUGGCACUAUCCACGACGCGGCCAUGAGGUCGCUGAUCCUCUGUCUGGAGACUCAGUUCGAUUCAGUGAUAGUGGACCGACCGAUGGUGCUGCAGUCUCUCUACCAGCUGCACAACAGUCUGAGCGACAGACAUAUCUUGACCUGGGAGUUCUUUUUGAAUCGAUUCGAUACCCUGUUUCUCGAGGCUCAGAUCAGCUUGGAGAGAUCGGGAGAUAUACCCUAUCUGCGCGAUCUCAGGAACACGGAUCUCAACAGCGAGAUCUUCAUAAAGAAGCUGCACAGGGCUCAGGAAGCUCUGUCGCAAUCCGAUGGCAGCGGGACGAACUCGAUAAAGACCUUGAGUGCAAGCUUCGGCACGAAAUGGCCCUACAAACGGACUAUGUCAGCACCUGCGUCCAUGAUCCCUCGGCAAGACACGAAGCAAGAAAAGGAAAAGGUGUACAGCCGGCAAUACUCGGCGCCUAUCCUGAAGCGCAAGAGCUCCAGAUUCGGACUGGGUCAGUUGCUGGGGUCCACCCCACCUAAUAACAGUAUACCAGAUGGCCAUGUGCAUUCGCUCAACAUGGUCGAUGAGACCAGUGCACUACCAGGAUGCACCAACAAAAUCGUCGACUACGAGGAAGCCGACAAAGAGACGAUGCACCUGCUGGUGUUCCUACUGAUGCAGUUUCUAUCCAGACAAGACCAGGCCUACCCGACGGACGAGAAGCCAUUGUCCAAGACCCAAGGAAUCGUUCUGAGACACCUUUACCUCCUGUUAGGCUACAACCAGACUGAAAGGACUUUCCACACUUCUCCUCAACGUUUAAGGGUUUCUCCGGUGUUCAACGUCUUCAUCGCCAACCUCCCCCAACUUCUGGAUCAAAAUCACGUAAUGGGAUGGGUGAUGACACCUCCAGUGCUAGCCAUUCUACAACAUUCCCCUUGCCCUCCUCAAGGACUGCCCACCAUGGACCAUCAAGCUCCAACCUACAGCCUUUGGUACCUCGAACCCCAUAACAGGCGAUCCUGGCUCAUGGCUCUUCUAGUAAUCCUUUACAAGUGUCAAUACGGUCAGCAACCCUGGUGCAACCAGCUUCAGGUGUUAAUCAAGAUCGUGCUGAAUACGCUGGACAUGCAGCACCAUCAGUGCAAGAAGAUACCUGCCGCGGUGGUGAUGAGUGCUCCGCCUUCUAGAUCACGUGACGUAUCGCAACCGUCCCUCGGCGUGGACCACGACCUAGGAAUGAACGCUAUAGGAGAACUGAAUACCGAGAGUCCUCCCAUAAGGACUCCUAUGGUCUCGGUGCAUCAGCGCAGUCCAGGUGCAACGCACAGUCAAAUGGAGACCCACUGGGAGGAAAGCGCGCCGAGCUGUCGCUACAGCAACAAACAUUCCAGCUACUCGAUCAAUGCGGAUGAUACGGAGUCCGAGCUGGCCGCAAUACCCGAGAGCCCAAAAUCUGACAGCACCUUACAUGGCAGUAGUGGUGGAUCGCUCGGCGAGCUGGAGGACACCCCAUCUGCUGUCACCAGAAGCAUCUCCCUUUACGGUGCCAGGGCAUCGACGCCCCUCGACCUCGUCGGAAGGAUAGACUGGGCUCAUCAUCACACCAAAAAGAUGGAGAUAUCUAGGCCCACUUGGUUCUUGGGCAACGAGGAGGAUUCUCAUCAGCCACCAAGACCACAGAAGAAGUGGAGCGUCCACGAGGGAGUGAAGAUGAUGGUGACUAGUCCAUUUCUGAGUGGACAAGCGGAUUUUCAAAAGAUCGCCUCGAUCGCUAAAGCAUUGCCCGAAAAAAUCCCGGAAGGAUCAACGCCGGAGAAAGGGAUCUUGGAAAGGACGAUCACGGAGAAGCCAGCGUGGCAGAAGGCUAGCCAGGAGAGGAAUAUUACUGUGCAGGUGGCCUUCAAUGGGGAAACGGCGACCUCCAAACCCUUUUCGAUGGCCACGGCUUUUGCAACCUGUGCAUCAAUACCGCAGCUUCCAAAACACGAGAAGGAAAAGAUGCCAGCCCCAUCGAGCAACUCGGACUCGCCAACUUCGAAACAUCUGAGUCGCCAGAAGAGGAUAGAGCAAACUGUGACUGUAGCAUCGCCAGUUUCUCCUGGUCAAGUGGUCACAGUGACCAGUAGCGAUCAAUCUAGUUCACCAGCGGUCAGCUCGAUCUCCUCUCAGAUCACCAGCACCGAAAACGGUCAGAAUCAAAGCUGGAUAGACGUUCCUCAACCUUUGACAACUCCGUUGGUGGAACGACUCUUGCCGAUCGGCACCACAAAUCGUAUUGCAGGUUCCAGACCCCCGCAACGAAUUCUAGCAUGCGAGGAGUCCUACGGCUCGCCAGAUUCCCCGCUGUCGAAGAUGGACGUGUUAACAGUUAGUUCCCCAGGUUCGUCGUUCGACCAGAACAGCGAGACCUGCACCAGCGUGAGCGACAUCGCGAGUCCUCGCAGCAUCUCUCAGCUGGAGCUACCGAAACCUGAACGAUUGCUACCAGUCGGGUCUCAGGGAACCUGCGACUUCAGCGGAUUGAUCAAGCAUCUUCGCCAGGGGCUGAAUCUCCACGAGAUCGAAGAUAAGAAAGAGUUCAGUAACGGAACCGUCAAAGGUGCGAAAGAAACUCUGCCAGCGUCAGUAAAACAAGACAGCACGGCGUCUGACAAUGCAUCAGCGUCUCUGGUGCCAACGUUGAACGAGGUCCACUCGAGCAGAUCAACCAGUCCAAGGAGACUGACGAAGCAAGUGGCUCUAGAAUCUCCAUCCACGGCAAUAGAGGUCAUAGAACACGAGCGGAGAGCAAAGUUGAAGGACCAUGUCAGGAUUCAACGUGAUAAUCCAGGAAGAGCAGGUUUCAACAUACAUGACGGGCCUAUGGCGAGGCACACUGACUCAUGGCCUGGGCCGCAAUUGCAGAGCAACUAUGAAGUCGUCUCGCAAGCUCAUCGCGCUGAUUAUAAUAUGAAGCAUAGCCUGUUUCGCAUUGGCGAUGACUGUAUUCACGAGAGAUGCUCCGAUUGCGGAACGCUGAAGGAAGAGUAUUCCGACGAAGAGCUGGGUCUCUGUAUCAUCAAUCUGGGAACGUUCAUUCACCGCGAACCGUCCCUAGCUGCACCUCUUCUGCCAGAGAUCUUGAGAGUCGUGACAAAAGUGGCCCUAAACGCGAUGUACCCCUGGCAGAGCGAGACGAACAUGCACCUGCCAGGUGGUGCGAUCAGCGUGGCGCAUCAAUUUUUACGCUGCGUUCUUCAUCAAUUGGCGCCCAAUGGAGUGUUCAUACAGAUGUUCCAAACGCAUUUGAAUGAAUCUACAAGGAUGCAAUUCUUCAGGAGUGUCGCCCAGGCCCUGGUCGACUUCAAUGAACUGAACCCUAUUGCUCCUUUACAGUUGCUACUUGAGGCAUUAAACACGAAGAAGUCGCUACCUACAGAACGGCUUCCGGUGAUUCUGUACAACAUUGCCUCCUACUUAGACUGUCUGCCAUUGGAGGCAGGUCUAGGUCCAGGUGCGACGACCUGGAGCGGUCUGUUGGCGCAGUUCGACACCCUGUUUCGAAGACUGACGCUGAUGUUGCCCUCUAUCGAGGACACCACGCCGUUGCUGAGAACCAUAAUCUCCUUGCUGAAGGUUCCGGGAAUCCAACAGUCGAAGAGCAUGCUGGACCCGUUCGCCAAGGUGUUAAGCUACGCUAUACAGAACUCGACGAUCAAGUACAGCUACCUGACCGACCUGUGCCACCUGUGCCACAGAACCUUCACGCGAGACAGGGACAAACACUUUUUCGGAAGGACAAUAGUGUUCGAAUUGGUUCAGGCUAUCAAAUUCAAGACCACUAUACCCGAUACUAAUUUCCUGUUGUUGCUACACUUUGUUCUUCAGGACAUUGGAGGUUCACUACCCAACACAAUCGCAUUGGACAACAUCCAGGCAGACAUAUCACCAAUCUACAAUACAAAUGCUUCGGAAACCCUGAAAACUCAGCUGCCAGACGUUCUCGAAUUCUUGGCAGACUUUCACACGCUCAGCAAAGUGAAGAGUUACAGCAAAGGAAUGCAAGCAGGACUGAACGAAGACACUCUCGGGGGAAUACUGAAGUGCGGAUUGGCGCAGUAUGUGGCGCUAGAGCUUACGAAAGGCAGCACCAGGGAAAAUAGAGUAGUUCUUCGGUAUCUACCAUGGCUUAUCAUUGCUCCAUCAACGUUACAGCAGGGAGCUCGCGAGUACCUUGACUGCAUAGGACACAUCAGGCUGCUCUCUUGGCUUCUUUUGGGUUCCCUCACGCACACAGCUAUGUUCUCUGGAAUGAACAACACCCACAACCAUAAUCCACCGUGGCCAGUAGCGCAACCAAUUCCUCAAGAAGUGUCCUGCUACGUCGCCGAUCACGUUCAAGUGAUAUUUUCCGGCUUCCCCGAACAGUCCAAGGAGUCCAAGACAUCGGUCCUGUACAUGUCCUCCUUGUUCCAUGCCUUCAUACUUUGCCAGCUGUGGACCAUGUACCUCGAGGAGCUGUCAAAGAAUAAUCCGUCGAACAGCGAGAGCCAUAAUCUCACAAUGAACAUGCUGCUAGAGUUCUGGGGCAGAAUAACUCCCUGCAUAUUGCAUCUAGUUAGCUGCUCCAAAGUGGUGGCUGAAAUGGUGAAUCUACAUUUCCUGAGUCUACUGGAAGCUCUUUUGGAAUGCGGCUCCAUCUUGCUCAGCAAGCUGCUGCCACUUUGGAGUCCCAUUUUGUACUCUCAUCAUGUUCAGCUACCUGGUCACUUGCAGAUGCGUCUGCAGAACUGCAGGGACUUCCCACCUAGCAAGAUGACCACCGAGAGCUUCACCCCGUCCAGGCGGGAAUCGAACGCGACGCUUUUGAGGUGGUUGCACAGGCUGCAGUUCAAAAUGGGACAGAUCGAGCUGCAAUCUUCCACCGCCACGUUACAGUUCUACUCGAUUUAGAAGAAAGACGAGUUCUCGUUUAGUUGGACAGAGAGUAUUUUCUAUAUAAAUAGAGUAUCUGCGGCGAUGUUGAAUGUUGUAUCGUUUGAGAACGAAUGUUAGCGGAUGCCGUACGUUACCGGUUGUUACAAAAAAUAUAUUUAUAAUGUUAAAUAUUGGUGCGGUUGGUCAUUCAUCCAAUUAAUUGAUUCAAAAGUGAAGCGUGGAGGUUUAUCGCGACAAUUUUUAACGUUUUCGAUAAGACGAGAUAUAGGUGUUCCCAUGAAAUGCCGCAUAAUCAGCCUCGAUAAGACUAUUAGUCAUUCCGCACAUGGCAGUAUGGCAUGACAUGUGAAGAAUUUAAGUGAAGAUGAUAACAGCCUAGGGAUUUUAGUUCACCAAUGAUUACUACUAAACGACGCUUGAUGCUUUUCUAAAUUAAUAUAUGCGGUGAUAGUUGCUAGAAAUGAUCUACUUGGGCAAUAAAAGAAUAAAUUGGUUCUGGCAAAGAA